AUGGAAGCUCCCGAGGUCUGGAGUGCUGUCGAGGUCGAUUUUGUCCAAGUCAACAACACGCACACGACGUGGACGUGUAUCUGCGCUGUAUCGCCAGCACAACACCAAUCUUUGGCCACCCGAUUUGUCGUUGCAGUGGAGGUUGUCCGUCAGGAAGAAGAGAGAGGAAAACAGGCCUGGAAAAUAAAAGAAGAAGAAAGCUUCGGGCAAGACGCGACAAGAAUCACCUCGACACAACCCGGGCGACUGCAACCUCACAAACUCGCACUUGCUCCCUCCUCUACUCAGCAUCGCCUUCUCGCCCAAACCGGGUGA